UGGUGGAUGGGGAUAAAGCAACGAGAGUGUGAGAGAGCGCGCGAGAGAGAGCGAGAGAGAGCGAGUUGGAUUACACUGUUACCUAGACUGCAGGAUAAAGCAGAGUUUGCUAUCAUGGGGAAGAAAGAGAGAGAGAGAGAAGAAAACAUGUCUAAGUUAUAUGGAACUUAUUCAGGAAAAGAUUAGUCAGUACCUACCUCAUCAUCAGAGGAGCAGAAAAGAAUAAGAUCAUCUGUUAAAAUGCAAACGAGCACAUGGACUCCACCUGUCAGACAGAACAGUCUGCCUAGUCCACACGAGACACUCUCUAGCAUGCAGUUUGGCCCAACACUGCAGAUGGGAUAUUACGGGUUGCAGCAAGACAGCUUUGAUCAGCAAUCUCUCAGAUUAAGCAAUCCCCAUGCUUUCACCCAGCCUGUAUCAAGUUCAGCUAAUUUGCAAUCAAAUCAGACUCAACAGAUGUGGAGCAGUGGAUCCCAGAGUCAGUUCCCUUACAUAUAUCCAGCUUCUGGCAGACAUCCUGCACCAAUUAUUGUACACCAUGCAUCUUUGCAAUCUAAACAAGUAGGAACCCUUGUUGUAAACUUCAACCAUGAUCCUCAGGUCAUAAAUACCACUAUUCAGAGGAAUUAUAAGGAUCCGCACUCCAUGCAAAAUAUCAAUUGUACUGCUACUGCUCCUCACUUCUCCGUUCUGUCUGUUCCUAGCAAUGCAAAUGGUGUACUUGAUAAUAGUUAUUGUAGGAAUGGUUCAAUUCCACCUUGGCAACACCCUUUAUAUAGACAACACCAUGGAGUAGAGACUACAUGCAAACCUGAAGCUCAGUCACAGCAGGCAGCUUUAACUGCUUGGAUUAGUCAUGCAGCACAAACAAUUAACAUGAAUCAAGGACAAAUGAGUGUAGUAGGUCAACACAGUGAGACACCUAGCUCUGUUGCACACUUUCCUGCUACAUCUCAUAUACCAGUGGAUUCAUUGCUGCCUUCACAGAUUAGAACUUCCAGCAGUCCCAUGAGUCAGAACCAGGUUCAAAAUGCAUUAUGCCGACCUUCAUCACGUGGAAAAUAUGUCGGUUAUAUCGAGUUAAAUCAUAGUUCUAGCCAAAAUCCACCCCCCCAGUAUAGAGCCAGGGUGAAUUCUGCCAAUCAGAACCAGUCUAACCGAAGGCUAAACCAAGUUUCCCCCAGUUUAACUCAAGACAAAAUCCAGUCCCAGACCACACCUAUUUCUGGCCAUCACAGACAGACAAACUUUGCAACAUUUUCUGCUAUUCAGCGCAGUACACAGCCACAAGUCCUACAAUCAAACAACACAGCGAGUGGGCUGACUACAACCUCCCAGGACCUAACCUCUUUUAGCACUUCAACCAGUCAAACGUCAUCUCCCACUACAGGAUCAAGAUCUACUAACUACUCUCAUAGUCUUCUAUUCCAUCUGUUACAACAAGAGGACAACAAGAAGUUAACUGGUCUGACUUCAUUCAGUAACUCUUUUGGGUCGCAGUUUGCUAAGAGCAAAAGUGGAUCCCAGCAGUUUACACAUGACAAUACAGCUUGUUACAUGAUCACCGGGGAAAACUACACUCAAGGCAGGGUAAGGCAAGGCAAGGAGUUCCAGGAACCUGGUAAAGAAAUAGGUAUUUCAAGGGGGAAUGAAAUUGGAACUGGUAGUCAUCUGGCAGAACCACAAAAGUUAAGUGAGAAUGAGACGGCUAAUUGGAAAAAGAGAAAUGAAGAGGUGCAGUCCUCUAUAGAUCCAAUUGAUUCCAUAAAGCUGGUAAUAUCACAGCCCAGAAUGGUUCGACAAGUCAACAAGGCAGUAGCUGUGGUUCCACCUAUUUCUCAUCAGGCUUCCAGUCAUGUACAGCAGAAUGUUACCACAAGCACUUGUGACAGCCUCCCCUUGAACACCAAUACUGUCAAGAAUCUUUUUGAGGAGUGUGAAAACAUGGAGAAGGAGACAAAUGUACGAAAUGUGACCUUUAAGCUCAAUGAGGAUCUGCCUCAUGUACCUUGUUCACCAAGUUCUUCACCAAGACUGGGAUCAGCAAUUGACACCUCAGUUGACGUCUCUGAAACGCCUACAUCUGUAAACGAUCCAACAUCUGGCUCACAAAGCUGUGAUAUAUCUCGGUGUAAAAAUGGCUCUGUAGCUACAACCCAAAUGUCAAACAAAUGUCAAGAUGCUGUCCAAGUUGUUGACUCGACAUCAGAAAGUUCAGUAGAACAAAAUGAUGUAGAAGACCCAUUUGAUUUGUCCACAGUUCCUGUGGUUAAUUAUACUUUGAAGGAAUUGAAGGAUUUAGUGAACUCUUUAGACAUCAUUCCAGCAUUGAGAGCCAAAUCGCCAACAGAUGUUUUGAAGUGCAUUCUAGAUCUCUAUUAUGAUGGGAAGAAGCAAAACCAGAAAAAAAUAGAAUCAUUAAAAGGGCUUUUCAAAACGUCAUCUGAAUUGUGCAUAAAAGAAAUGCAUGCUGUGGUUCUUCAGUACCUGUUACCUAAACACUUAAAAAUGCUGGAAAAUUGUUCCCAAAUCCUGAUAAAUGAAACCACCUUACCACCUGAGGACUUUAGAUCUUCCUGGUUGAAUGUGGAUGGACAUCCAGCUGAUGUGGAAAAAGUUCUUGCAGAACCCAUUUCAGAAUAUAACCUCACAUGGUGCAAGAAAGUUUCACAGUCAGUAUCUGAAAAUGUUGUGAAUAUUGUAGAUAGUCUAGCCCAGAUCAAUACAGAUAACCCUGAAGAUCUGGGUGUGCAUGCUCAUAAAAGCAUACCCAAGACCACAACAGAUAACAUUCCUGAAUACAUCGGUCACUCAGAUCCUGAACAUUCUGCAGCGAUAUUUGCAACAAAUGAUUUCAAGACAGACAUGAUGAUCCUUGAGAAAGGUCUUAUAAGUAGAACCCCCAAUAAACUCUCUUGGAUGCAACUAUAUGAUGAAGUAGAUAUGGUAAAAGAGAACAAGCGAGUAUUCACUGCACCAUCACUUACAAGCAGUUCUGAUAAAUGUGUAACAAAUAAUAUUGAUCCAUUUGAGGAGACAUAUGCUUCUGAUGAUUCAGAUUCCACCAAUGACUUGCCUGAAAUUAUACUUCUCUCAUCUGAGGAUGCUAGAAAAAUCUUCAGUGAGUGUUUUGAGUCUCAUCGGACAAGCCAGGAGGAAGGGAAGGAUUUGGUCACACUUUGUGUCAAAAACCACUCAGACUCGAGUAAAGUGAAGUCACUCAAUGAUUUCAAAUUCACUUGUCCUCAUGUGACUAGCUUAGUCUGUGGCAGUGACUUCUUCUGCCCCAGUUGCUGGAAUGAGACACCAUUACUUGAUAUUGACCAAGAUGAGACUCUGCUUACCCUGGAGGAGGGGGAACUUAAUACAGACUACCAGAGACAAAGGCAUAGACCACACUCUGGAACCCAAAUUGACUACCCAAGUGCACCCGUACACCUAGAGAGUAGCAGCAAAAUCAAGUCUGUCAUAUCCACCGAAAUAUAUGAUGGAUUUGAUGUGACGAGAGAUCCUAAUCCUGUUUCUCAGAGAAAAAGUUCUAGUCCACCACCUGCUCAAGAACCAAAACCUGGAAUAGCAGGCACCAAGAACAGCAGUAUCACCAACCCAGUUUCAGAGGAUCUCAAAAAAAUUAUAUCUUCAGCUAGGACAAAGCCAGAACACAUGAAAAAUGAAGAUGCAGUCUCUCCAUCAGGGACCAAAAUAUUAACAGGAAUGGUUUCUCCAUCAAGGAAUUUGUCUCGGAAAAAUGUAAAAUCCCCCAAGACUGAUGCAGUUCCUGAUACAGAUGACAUCCUAUUCAGACCUGAUUUUGUAAUAAAAAAUUCUAGCACCCAUAAAAAACAUCAAAGUGAACACAGGUCUACAUCUAGGGAUGAUGGCCAGUCCAGGUGUGAAAGCAAAGAAAGUGGUAACUUUCCUAUCAAGAAGAAGCUUUCCCCCAAAACUAAACUAGGUACUCCUUCUCAACUGCCAAACUUCAGUGGGACAUCCAAAUGCAAGAAGGCAGUACCGCAUAAGCAAAAGAGACCAAUCAUCAAGGGAAAAGGACAUGAUGGACAAAGCAAACAAACAAAGAAACUGAGAUUAGAAUUGUAUGGGUCCAACAGAAGCAACUCAGUCUGCCACGAUGAAGGAAAGUCACCCUCAAUUCCUGCUUACCUCUCAAUUUCUCCCAGUCCAAAUACUGGAAAGAGCUACACAGAUGAGCCUUCAGCUAAACAAAAGGUCUACAGCCAGUGGAGUACCACAUUCAUACAUCCACAAAAUAACUCCUCUUCAUAUAAGAAAAGCCAAAAGCACAUGGAGGAUCUGCUAAAGUCAAAAACACAGGUACUGAAAAUAACUCUGGAAGAAAGAAUCAUGGCUACUUGAUGUAAGCAAUCAAUUAAAUGGUCCUAAAGCACAAAGAAGCUGAAGAAGAUGAUGGCUGUGAUGCCACUGAAGAGAGCAAAAAGUUGAAGCACACCACUGCUGCUGAUAAUUUGAGUGGAAGAAUAAACUGAAUGUUAAGUGGAUUCAUUGGACUUCAUUUAUCAAUCUUUUAGUAAAGUUGUUUGUAAAUGUUUCUGUAAACUAAACUGAACAAAAAAUUCUGCUGGAUUUUCUUUGUUCUUGUGUGUGUGUUUGGUGAUGAAUGCCAAUCACCUGUAAAUUAUUGAAAAUUAUUUUGACUGACUGCUAUCCCAAUAAAAAUAUUUAAUAAUAUAUAAUAGU